GUGACGCGAGGCGGCUAGCACCCGGCGCUCCUGGGCACAGUCUGCGUUGGCAAGGGCUGCUUCGGCAGGGAUGGCAGAUGAGGAAUGAGCGUCGUCAGCGAGACCCCCGUGGGGGAGGAGAACGAGCUGCCUGUUAUCCAGCUGUGCGGGCUGGUGGAGGAGCUCAGCUAUGGAAACUCUGCUCUCAAAACCGAGACAGAGAUGUUUGAGAAAUAUUACUCUAAACUGGAGCCCGGAGAUCAGCGACCUCCACGCUUAUCAGAUAUUAAAAUAUCACCAGCAGAACUUGCACAGAUUCGAGGUAGGCGUAAGUCCAAAUCCCGUGUGGGUGUGGACCGUUGGGUAGGCCUCAACGUUGAGCAAAAACUCGAGCUUGUGCAGAAGGAGCUGGAAGACACGAAGGAUGAAAUAAGGCACAUGAGGGCUAAUGCUGAGCGGAACUUGCAGCAUCACGAGGCUAUCAUCGAGGAAGCUGAAAUCCAAUGGUCUGAAGUUCAGAAAGCAAUACACGAGUUUGAGAAAGACGUUCUAAAAACCAUAUCCAAGAAGAAAGGGAGUAUUUUGGCCACUCAGAAAGUGUUGAAGUACAUCGAGGACAUGAACCGCAGGAGGGAUAAUAUGAAGGAUAAAUUACGUUUGAAAAAUGUUUCUCUCAAAGUUCAAAGGAAAAAAAUGCUUUUACAGUUGAGGCAGAAGGAAGAGGUGGGUGAGGCUCUCCAUGAUGUGGAUUUUCAGCAGCUGAAGAUCGAGAAUGCUCAAUUUUUAGAGACGAUUGAAGCAAAGAACCAAGAUUUGAUCCAGCUAAAACUGGCAUCUGGAAAUACCCUCCAGGUCCUCAAUGCAUACAAAGGCAGACUUCACCGAGCAAUGGAAAUGCAUGUCAAUCUGGACAAGGAGAUCUUGCUGAGAAAUGAAUUACUUGAAAAAAUUGAAAGAGAAACCAUACAAGUGGAGGAGGACCGAGCCAAAGCUGAGGCUUUGAACAAGAGGUUACGGAAGCAGCUGGUCGAGUUUCGGGCCCCGGCAGUGAUGAUGUAUGUCCAGGAGAAGAUCCAAAGUGGGGAGCUGGAGAAGACCAUCAAGAUGUGGGAAAGGAAAGUGGAGAUUGCAGAGAUGUCCUUAAAAGGCUACCGCAAGUCUUGGAAUACAAUGAAAACAUCCAAUGAGCAUUUGCAGGCACUUGGUCCCUCUGUGAAAUAGCCAAAAGCAGGCCACUGCAUGCACUCUCAAGAAGUGAUCCAUUAAAAUAAUCAGCCUCU